UUGGUCUGCUCCAUUAGGCGGGGAAGUCGCGAGGGAUGGGCCGAACUGGGUAUGUUAGGGACUCACCCAGGAGAUUUCUCCACCUGUGCCGGGAAGCGACGUGGCGAUCGCGUAGACUGGGUUUUUCUGUUCCUUUUUUCUCCUCUCUGUUUGUCUACAUACAACCAGCAGCCCUUAGAAACAUGACCACCAACUUGGGUCCCUUGCACCCGUACUGGCCCCGGCACCUGAGGCUGGAUAACUAUGUGCCUAAUGACCUCCCCACCUGGCAUAUCCUGGUUGGCCUAUUCUCCAUCUCUGGGGUCCUAAUUGUGAUCACAUGGCUGUUGUCGGGUCGAGCUUCGGUUGUUCCACUAGGAACUUGGCGGCGACUCUCCGUGUGCUGGUUUGCAGUGUGUGCAUUCAUUCACCUUGUGAUCGAGGGCUGGUUCUCUUUCUACCAGGAGGUCCUUCUUGGAGACCAAGCCUUCUUAUCCCAACUUUGGAAAGAGUAUUCCAAGGGAGACAGCCGAUACAUCCUUGGUGAUGGCUUCAUUGUCUCUAUGGAGACUCUCACAGCUUGUCUAUGGGGACCACUCAGCCUGUGGGCUGUGAUUGCCUUUCUCCGUCAACAACCCUCCCGCUUCGUCCUACAGCUUAUGAUUUCUGUGGGCCAGCUGUAUGGGGACUUGCUGUACUUCCUGACAGAGCAACAUGACGGAUUCCAGCAUGGGGAGCUGGGCCACCCCCUCUAUUUCUGGUUUUAUUUUGUUUUCAUGAAUGCCAUAUGGCUGGUGGUACCUGGAAUCCUUGUGCUUGAUUCCAUAAAGCAUCUCACUCAUGCCCAGAGCAUGAUGGACAGCAAGGUCAUGAAAGCCAAGAGCAAGCAUAACUAAAGAGCAGUCCAGUGGCCUGGAACACUGUCAGUGAGGCACCCUCCCCUGCCUGCCAGAAGAACUGAAUCCUGCUCCCACAGGAUUGGAGCGUCAAAGCUAACUGAUCUGUCACACUCAGGCUGACGAGUGGGCACAAAAGGACCAGAGACAGGAAAGGUAGGGAAUAUGUGUAGCUACUGUCAGGAACCACUUGGAAAACAUAUGAGAAGGCAGGAGGUCCAUGGUGGUGGCAAUUUUCAAAAUCAUGAAAUAAAAUAUCAUAAUUGUAA